CAGCACUGUAAUCUGCGAGCGCAGAGAGAGCGAGGAGGGCGCCGCGAGACUGCCGAGCGCACCGAGAAGCGACAAGUUUGGCCGGGUUGUGCCCGCGAGGAACCGAGGCAGCCGCUGGGACCGGGUCCGGGACCGAAGGGGCAGGCAGGCACAUACAGCACCACCAAGGAGACAGGCCUCUGCAGCUUGCUUCUCUACAGUUGUUGGCUGCUUACUUGAAAGUUGUCAGGAAAGAAGAAGGGAAAGUGCUCACAUCAAAUUGCAGAGAUGAAUUCCACAGCGAUCCCCAUCCAAACAGAAAUGGUGGAACUGGUACCAAAUGGAAAACACUCAGCGCUGAAUGCCUCAUCUGUCCCUUCAUUGGGAAAUGACAGAUUUGAGGAGAACCAGGCAAAUCUGACAGAGAUGGAGGAGUUCCUUCCACAUGGUGCUGUAAAGAAACAGACCCACUUCACAGACUUUGAAGGGAAGACCUCUUUUGGGAUGUCCGUUUUCAACCUGAGCAAUGCCAUCAUGGGCAGCGGGAUCCUUGGGCUAGCGUAUGCUAUGGCCAAUACCGGCAUCCUCCUCUUUCUGUUCCUCUUGACUGCUGUAGCUCUGUUGUCCAGUUAUUCCAUUCACUUGUUGCUCAAAUCCUCAGGAAUUGUUGGAAUCCGAGCCUAUGAACAGCUGGGAUUCAGGGCCUUUGGAACUCCAGGGAAAUUGGCAGCUGGCAUUGCUAUAACACUGCAGAAUAUUGGAGCCAUGUCAAGCUACCUGUACAUUGUGAAGUCUGAGGUGCCUCUGGUCAUCCAAACCUUCCUCAACCUGGAAGAGAAGACAGCGUAAGCAUUUUUCACCUGGUUCUUCUUUUCUGUCCCCAGCUUGCCUUCUUCUCUCUUUUGCCUCACCUAUCUGUGCAGUCCAUGAUUCACAGAAUCACACUGUUGUAGUCAGCAGAGGGUGUGAGAUCAGCGGAUUGAUUAAGGUGAUGGAUUCGUGUAUUCUCAGCAGUUUUAUAAGUUACAUGGCAUUUGCAAAUUACAUGGCAGAAAACUCUUGUUUUACUCCAUAGUUGCUGUGAGUCCCAUGGCCAAACCAAGUUCUGUGGUACAUGUUCCCCUACCACAAAUUCUGUUGAAAAUAUGCAGAAUCUUUUGAAAUAAAAAAAAAUGAAGACCAGGGGGCAUACAUUGA